AUGCUCGCAUCCCCAAGCCCACGGACGAUGACGGCGUCGGCCUGCACCCCGGAAACUGCCCACGGGGCGCACUUGUUCAAGAUCAACCGGUACAGCCUGUACAGGGACUUGGGCGUCGGCAGGUUGAUCGAGUCCUCGACCUUCGCCGUCGGCGGCUACCACUGGUGCGUCCACUUCUACCCCGACGGUCACUCGGGGGUAACCAAAGACCAUGUUUCAGUUUUCGUGGAGCUCAAAACCAAGAACGCCAAGGCCAGGGCGGUCUUCGAUCUGAGGCUAGUCGACCGUCGCACACAGCCUUAUGCAUGGCCAAACCCUAGCGAGAUAGACCCCUCGGAGUUUGACUCAUGUGAUGAUAACUCGGCCUGCUGUGGUUUCCUCGAUUUUGUUGAGAAAAGAGAGCUCAAAGAUUACAUCCUGGAUGACGUGCUUGUCAUUGAGUGCAAUAUUGCUGUUAUCAAAUUUAAGAAGGCAGAUGUGCAGACCACCAAGACGAAAUUCGAGGUCCAAGUUCCACGGUCCAACUUGCUGGACAAUCUUGGUAAAUUGCUUGAAACACAAGAGGGGGCCGAUGUGUCUUUCAAGGUCGACGGGGAGGUUUUAGCAGCUCAUAAGAUCAUCCUUGCUAUGCAGUGCCCAGUCUUCAAGGCAGAGUUCUACGGGCCGAUGAAGAACAAGUCUAAGCAUAAUGUAAACAUUAUUGAAGAUAUGCAGCCUGCUGUUUUCAAGGCAUUGCUCCACUUCAUCUACACGGAUUCAUUGGCCCCAAUGGAUGACCUCAGUCCUCAGUGA